AUGGGAGAGAGAAGUGGCAAUUACAGUUUUGGAGUCGAAAACCAAAUACAUUCUUUUAGUCUUGACAAAAUAUGCUACGUUUUAAAUACGGAUCUUAUGCAUGGAGUUAAAAAUAUUGAUGCCAAAGUUUUACUUAAAGUUUAUGGAUGCAACAAAUAUUCUAGGCCAAAAAAAAAUACAAAAUCAAAGUCUGCCAUUAAGAAACUACUUCCGUGCAUUUAUUCAAAAACAGACUGGUCAAAAAAGGAUUGGGAUAGAGUUUUUAAUUACAGAAUUAACAAAACCUAUUGUGUUAUUCGAGAGUGCAUAAAAAAAAACAUAACCGGAAGAAAUUUGGUAAAAGGAGACAUUAUACAUUUAGAAUGUGGUCAGAUUGUUCCAGCGGAUAUCGUAGUUUUUCAAUUUGAAGGAUGUCUAGUUGUUGAUAACCGUAUUAUAACUGGUAAUAAAUUUGAAAAAAAGUCAAAUAUUUUUACAAAUAGGGAUUUUUUACACAGUGAAAAUGUGCUUUUUGCUGGAACAGAAAUACUAAGCGGUAAAUGUGUGGGCAUUGUAAUCGCGACAGGUAAUGGCACUGUAUUCGGAAAUUUGACUAAAGUUGCCCAAAAAGUUCGACUUACACACCAAUCGCUUUCCAGUUUUUAUUCAUAUUCAGCAAAACCAGCAAGUUCUUAUCAAACAGUAGCAUGA